CAUUUCUCAUUUGGAGAAGAAAUCAACAAAAUUUGUAACCUCAGUUUAUCACACUAUUAUUCUACAACGUUGAACUUUUAUAUCAGUAGCAUUAUAAAAACGUAAGUACUAACCGUGGAAACUGAAGCAAAGGAGAAGAGAGGAGAAGCCAAGAAAUUAAAACUCCCCCCUCUCUUGAUUUUGGUCCAAGAAGAAGCAACCAGCUAUGGAAAACCAUAAAGGGUCUGUAACUGCAGGAAAAGCUAUAAGAUGCAAAGCUGCAGUAAGCAGAAAUCCAGGAGAAGCACUUGUAAUAGAAGAAAUUGAAGUUGAGCCACCUAAAUCAUGGGAGGUUCGGGUCAAGAUUCUGUGCACUUCUCUUUGCCAUACUGAUAUUACCUUCUGGAAAAUGUCCACUGGGCCGUUUGCGAUUUUUCCCAGAAUUUUUGGGCAUGAAGCUGUCGGUGUUGUUGAGAGUGUAGGGGAGCAUGUGAAGGAAGUGCAGGAAGGAGAUUUGGUGCUGCCAGUGUUCCAUCCGAAUUGCAGAGAAUGCAGGGACUGCAAGUCCCAAAAGGGCAAUGGUUGCUCAGCGUUUGGCUAUAGAUUGAACCCAGACAUGCCAAGGGAUGCAACAAGUAGAUUCAAGGGGAUGAAUGGGGAGGUUUUGCACCAUUUCUUGUUCGUGUCCAGCUUCACUGAGUACACAGUGGUGGAUGUGGCUCAUGUUGUCAAGAUUUCAUCGGACAUUCCCGUUGAUAAAGCCUGCCUGCUUAGCUGCGGAGUAUCAACUGGGAUAGGAGCAGCAUGGAAGGUGGCAGACAUUGAGGCGGGCUCCACAGUCGCCAUCUUUGGGCUGGGAGCUGUUGGCCUUGCGGUUGCAGAAGGAGCAAGGUUACGCGGAGCUUCGAAGAUUAUAGGUGUAGAUUUGAAUCCGGAAAAAUUUGAGAUAGGGAAAGCAUUUGGAGUCACCGAUUUUAUCAACCCAGAGACCUGUGGAGAGAGAAAAGUCAGCGAGGUGAUUAAGGAAAUGACAGAUGGGGGAGCUGACUAUUGCUUUGAGUGCAUUGGGUUGGCGUCCCUGAUGGAAGACGCUUUCAAUAGUAACAGAGAGGGAUGGGGCAAGACAGUGAUAUUGGGAGUGGAGAUGCAUGGCACGCCAUUAGCUCUCAACACAUAUUUGCUUCUACGAGGCAGAAGUGUCACCGGCUGUUUAUUUGGAGGGUUUAAACCCAAAUCUGACAUUCCCCUCCUUGCUGAAAAAUAUCUUGACAAGGAGCUGAAUCUGGAUGGAUUCAUAUCGCAUGAAGUGAGUUUCCAGGAUAUCAACAAAGCCUUCGAGUUACUGCUUCAAGGAAAAAGCCUGCGUUGUAUCAUUUGGAUGGAUAAUUAAAUUGGGUUGCCUAAUGCUUAAUGCCUAUGUUGUUCUAUCAAUUAAACGAAUAACAACAAAGAAAUUUGGCACUCUUUUUUGUUACUUCAAUUGGUAAAAACAACUCAUAAGAGAAUUUAACAAUGGGAUUCUGACCAAGGCAAAUCUAACCCUACUCUAUCCACCUAACUUUUCAGGGUCAUCAAUAUCCCCUUAUAAUAUUAGCAAAUUGCAAUUUCAA